AUUCUAAAAAUUUAUCUUUUGGAUAUUUCAUAGCUACAGUAGGCACAACUAUGCUUGCUGUUUAUGUACGUCUUGAGGGUGUCUUUCGAAACAUUCACAAGCCUCGACGACACCUUCCUUAUCGGUUUGAUUACAUUCAAAAAACUCCGAAUUAUGAAAUCACCUGUUUUAUUCAAAUCUGCGGUGGUAUAUAUACAAUUUUCGGCAAUUAUAGUGUCGACAACUUCAUCUCGAUACUUAUUUUGCAUAUAUGCGCACAAUUAAUAAAUUUACAAACGACACUGAAUAAUUUGGUCGAUAAAUUGAAAAACAACCCUGCAUCUUCCUCAAAAUUUAGAAAAGGUCUAACUGCGAUUAUUAUACGACAUGAACAUCUAAUAAGGAGUGCAAAGACUAUCGACGACUGCUACAGUACAGUAUUAGUUAUACACAUGAUGGGCGCUUCUUUUCAGCUAUGUCUUGUAACCUUUCAGAUUUUCACGAUGAUAACAGAUAAUUCAGACUUUUCUCCAAUAAGGACAAUUUAUCUCAUCUUUUUUGUCUCCCUCGUGUUGAUGCAAUUGUAUAUUUAUUGUUACGCUUCUGAAAGACUGUUAACAGAGAAUAUCAAUAUGGCACAUACAGCGUAUGAUUGUAAUUGGUACAAUAUACUAGCAAAAGAUGCGAGAGAUUUAAUGUUCAUUGUAUAUCGAUCAAUGAUUCCGCUCAAAUUAUCAGCUGGAAUAUUUGGAAAUUUUUCAUUAGAAUUGUUUGGAAUAGCGAUAAAAACUUCAAUGGGAUAUUUAUCCGCAUUACUAACAAUAAGAGAAUAAAGGA